AUGCCGCGCUCCUUCCUGGUGGACUCGCUGGUGCUGCGCGAGGCAGCUGAGAAAAAGGCGCCCGAGGGCAGCCCGCCUCCGCUCUUUCCGUACGCGGUGCCUUCGCCGCACGCACUGCACGGCCUUUCCCCGGGCGCCUGCCACGCGCGCAAGGCCGGGCUGCUGUGCGUGUGCCCGCUCUGCGUCACCGCCUCACAGCUGCACGGGCCCCCGGGGCCGCCCGCGCUGCCUCUGCUCAAGGCGUCCUUCCCGCCUUUCGGCUCUCAGUACUGCCACGCGCCCCUGGGCCGCCAGCACUCGGCAGGGCCGCCCGGGGUCGCCCACGGCCCCGCCGCCGCCGCUGCCGCCGCGGCGCUCUACCAGACCUCCUACCCGCUGCCUGACCCCAGGCAGUUCCACUGCAUCUCCGUGGACAGCAGCUCCAACCAGCUGCCCAGCAGCAAGAGGAUGCGCACCGCCUUCACCAGCACGCAGCUGCUGGAGCUGGAGCGCGAGUUCGCCUCUAACAUGUACCUGUCCCGCCUGCGCCGCAUCGAGAUCGCGACCUACCUGAAUCUGUCUGAGAAGCAGGUGAAGAUUUGGUUCCAGAACCGCCGGGUGAAACACAAGAAGGAGGGUAAAGGCAGCAACCACCGCGGCAGCGGCGGAAACUCCGGUGCCGGCGGGGGCGCACCGCAAGGCUGCAAGUGCGCGUCGCUGUCCUCAGCCAAGUGCUCGGAGGAUGACGACGAAAUGCCCAUGUCUCCGUCUUCUUCGGGGAAAGAUGACCGAGAUCUCACGGUCACUCCCUAG